UCUCCGUCAGGUCCUCCUGUGAGUGCUUUGACUCUACCGUCAUUCAGAGUCCAUCAUGUCCUCUCCGUUAGCUGUCUUCUUCUUCAUGGCGGUCAUCCUUCUCAUCAACGCCUCUAGUGUGGUCUCUCCAGCUCCUGAGGUCGACAAGGUGCCUCAGCUCCAGGAGGGGGCGUCAUCCUCUGUCUGUCCGUCCUGUUCUCUGUCUCAGAUGAGGAGGAACUCGACUUUACCAGGAGGACAGAGCGACAUGGUGGAGGCAGUGAAGCGUCACAUUCUCAACAUGCUGCACCUGAGUGCCCGGCCCAACCUGACACAGCCAGUCCCUCGAGCAGCGCUCCUCAAUGCCAUCAAGAAGCUGCAUGUCGGCCACGUGACCGAAGACGGCAGCGUGGAGAUCCAGGAGGAGGGCCGCAGCUCCAGGGCCCCAACAUCCCCCGAACCACCAUCUGAAAUCAUCACCUUUGCAGAGCCAGGUGACUCUCAGAACACAGUGACCUUUGACAUUUCAAAGGAGGGCAGCGGCUCCUCUGUCGUGGAACAGGCGAACAUCUGGAUCUUUCUGAAGAUGUCAAAGGGAAACCAAGGAAAGGGCAAAGUGACUCUGCGGCUGCUGCAGCUUCAUCAUGACAAUGAUGAGGAGGAGCGUGUUUCAGAGAAGAUGGUGGACACUCGUCGCAGCGGCUGGCACACCCUCGCCAUUCCUCGCAGCGUUCAGACCCUGCUGGACAGUGGCGGCAGGUCACUCAACCUGCGGGUCUCCUGUCCACUGUGUGCUGAGGCUGGAGCUUCGCCAGUUCUGAUGCCUGCCAAAGGCGAGCAAGCUGCGGGUCGAGAUCAUUCUCAUCGGCCGUUCAUCAUGGUCGUGCUGCAAGCUCAAAAGGAGGCGUCACAGCAACGAGUCAAAAGAGGUCUGGAGUGCGACGGGAAAAUACACAUCUGCUGCAAACGACAGUUUUACGUCAACUUUAAAGACAUCGGCUGGAACGACUGGAUUAUCGCUCCAUCAGGUUACCAUGCCAACUACUGUGAGGGCGACUGUCCAAACCACAUGGCGAGCCUCAGCGGCUCCUCCCUCUCCUUCCACUCAACGGUCAUCAAUCAUUAUCGCAUGAGGGGCUACGGCCCGUUUCAAAACAUCAAGUCGUGCUGCGUGCCGACAAGGCUGCGCGCCAUGUCCAUGCUUUACUACAACGAGGAGCAGAAAAUCAUCAAGAAAGACAUCCAGAACAUGAUCGUGGAGGAGUGUGGCUGCUCGUAA